AUGCGUAAAACAAUUAUUAGGAAUGCCAAUAAUGGAAAUAUGAGGGAUUACCUAUCGAAAGGAUCUAAUUCAAUUUUAAAUGAUUCAAACAUUAGCAAAUUGGAUAUUAAUGACAUAUUAAAUUUUCCAGGAAAACUCAAAACAAGUGUAAUUGAAAUUAAAAUCAAUACUUCAAUUGCAUUAAAUCAAGCAACUGAAUCAUCGACAGAAUUUAUUAAUGAGUUAAUGAUAUUUUUGAUUAAUCAACUUACAAGAAGACUUAUAGAAUUAAUAGAAAGUAUUUGGUUGUACAAAUUAUUUCAUUACUAUAAUGCUAGUAAUAAAGAAAAAUAA